AAACAAAAAAAAAAAAAAAAAAAAAAAGGUUUAAACCCAGGGGGGAUAGAUUGUUUUUGACAUUGCUACUGUUUUUAUAUUUUUCCUUUCUACUGCUUUGAUGGGAUGGUGUCUUUCAAUCUAUGCUAUCGUUUCAGUACCUUACCGUACCGGAGGUUUUAUCAAACUGUAGCAAAUACUAGUUUACCACCUGUCAGAGUCCGAUUUGCUCCAAGUCCCACAGGACAACUUCAUUUAGGUGGUCUAAGGACUGCUUUAUAUAAUUACUUACUAGCCAAACAAACAGGUGGUCAGUUCAUUCUGCGUAUUGAGGAUACUGAUCAGACAAGAUACGUUCCCGGUGCUGUUGAAAAACUUAUAUCUAGUCUUUCUUGGGCUGGGAUAUAUCCCGACGAAGGACCACCUUUGGAAGGAGGACCAUAUGCACCCUAUUUUCAAUCACAGCGUACAGAAAUGUAUCGUCAAUAUAGCGAUACUUUGAUCAAAAAUGGACACGCUUAUCGGUGUUUCUGUUCACCAGAACGAUUACAAAAGAUCAGGGAGACAAGAAAGAAGCAGGGUUGUGUAACAAGUUACGAUAAGCAUUGUUCUCAUUUGACUUCUGAGGAAAUACAAUCUUAUCUGGAUAAAAAAACACCAUAUACUAUUCGGCAUAAUGUACCCUGGCAAGGUAUGAUUGAAUUUCAAGAUCAUGUUCAUGGCAAAUUACAAUUUCAACAUACUGUUUUGGAUGAUACUAUUUUGAUAAAAAGUGAUGGGUUUCCUACCUAUCAUUUGGCUAAUGUGGUGGAUGAUCAUCAAAUGAAAAUCACUCAUGUUUUACGAGGAGAAGAAUGGAUUUCAUCAACACCAAAACAUAUCUUAUUAUAUAAAGCCUUUGGAUGGACUCCUCCUGAAUUUGCUCAUCUUCCUCUACUUUUAAAUGAUAAUCGAACCAAAUUAUCCAAGAGAUCAGGAGAUGUUCAUGUCGAACAGUAUAUCAAAAAAGGCUUCCUUCCUGAAGCUGUCAAUAACUUUGUAGCUCUAUUAGGAUGGCAUCCUCACCAAAAUACCUCGAACGACAAUCCAAAGGGUCAAUUAUCAAGUGAAAUUGAACGGCAAGAUGAAAUUUUAGAUAUGGAUCAACUUAUUCAGCAAUUUAGUCUGGAUCAUCUUCAUCGAUCAGGUGCGGUGGUAGACCCUGCAAAACUGUCUUGGAUUAAUAAACAACAUUUAUUAAAAAGAACACAAACAACCCAAGGAUUACAGAGCUUAGUGAAAUUGUUGACACCUCUUAUUCAAGAACAUUUAGCUGAAAGUAUAAACUAUGUAGAAGAAUAUCGACUUUCUCCCACUUACUUGAGUCAGGUCAUUUUAACGGUCAAGGAUCGUAUUCGUAAUGUAAACGAUAUUCCAACACUUUGCAUUUAUUACUUUUUGGAACCGGAUUAUACAACCAAAGAUGCUAUGGAUCUGAGAAAGAAGUUAAAAACAAAUGUUAUUGAUCUUCUUCUAGACAAAUCAGUGACAUUCAAUACUCUUCAAAAGGUGAACUUUGAAGAAGGACCAACAAGGAUCAAACAAUGGAUACAUGAAACAGCUGAAUCUCACAAAAUAAAUGGGAAUCAUAUGAUGAUGGCCCUUCGUUAUGUUAUGACAGGUACCAAAGUAGGCGCAGGAGUCGCCGAAACAAUGCAUACACUGGGACAAAUCACUUGUAUUGAUCGCCUUGAAAAAUUCAUUAAUGAAAAUAGCUCUUCAAAAUGACCUCAUUUAUGAUAACCUUUUUUUUUUUUUUUUAAUAAAG